UACUGUGUGCCCUAGCCAUCCUGAGAUCGAAAAUUAUGACUGCCUUAAAAGAGGACGCCCAGGUGGAUCUGUUUCGUGACAUCACUUUCUACGUCUACUUUUCCCUCGUACUCAUUCAGCUCGUCUUGUCCUGUUUCUCAGAUCGUUCACCCCUGUUCUCGGAAACCAUCCACGACCCUAAUCCUUGCCCGGAGUCCAGCGCCUCCUUCCUGUCCAGGAUCACCUUCUGGUGGAUCACAGGGUUGAUUGUCCGGGGCUACCGCCAGCCCCUGGAGGGCAGUGACCUCUGGUCCUUAAACAAGGAGGACACGUCGGAGCAAGUCGUGCCUGUUUUGGUAAAGAACUGGAAGAAGGAAUGCGCCAAGACUAGGAAGCAGCCAGUGAAGGUCGUGUACUCCUCCAAGGAUCCUGCCCAGCCAAAAGACAGUUCCAAGGUGGAUGCGAAUGAGGAGGUGGAGGCUUUGAUUGUCAAGUCCCCACAGAAGGAGUGGAACCCCUCCCUGUUUAAGGUGUUAUACAAGACCUUUGGGCCCUACUUCCUCAUGAGCUUCUUCUUUAAGGCCAUCCACGACUUGAUGAUGUUUUCCGGGCCGGAGAUCUUAAAGUUGCUCAUCAACUUUGUGAAUGACACAAAGGCCCCAGACUGGCAGGGCUACUUCUACACCGCGCUGCUGUUCGUCGCUGCCUGCCUGCAGACCCUGGUGCUGCACCAGUACUUCCACAUCUGCUUCGUCAGCGGCAUGAGGAUCAAGACCGCCGUCAUUGGGGCUGUCUAUCGGAAGGCCCUGGUGAUCACCAAUGCAGCCAGAAAAUCCUCCACGGUCGGGGAGAUCGUCAACCUCAUGUCUGUGGACGCCCAGAGGUUCAUGGACUUGGCCACAUACAUUAACAUGAUCUGGUCAGCCCCCCUGCAAGUCAUCCUUGCUCUCUACCUCCUGUGGCGGAACCUGGGCCCUCCCAUCCUGGCUGGAGUGGCCGUGAUGGUCCUCAUGGUGCCCGUCAAUGCUGUGAUGGCGAUGAAGACCAAGACGUAUCAGGUGGCCCACAUGAAGAGCAAAGACAAUCGGAUCAAGCUGAUGAAUGAAAUUCUCAAUGGGAUCAAGGUGCUAAAGCUUUAUGCCUGGGAGCUGGCAUUCAAGGACAAGGUGUUGGCCAUCAGGCAGGAGGAGCUGAAGGUGCUGAAGAAGUCUGCCUACCUGGCAGCCGUGGGCACCUUCACCUGGGUCUGCACACCCUUCCUGGUGGCCCUGUGCACAUUUGCCGUCUACGUGACCAUUGACAAGAACAACAUCCUGGAUGCCCAGAAAGCCUUCGUGUCUUUGGCCUUGUUCAACAUCCUCCGGUUUCCCCUGAACAUUCUCCCCAUGGUCAUCAGCAGCAUCGUGCAGGCGAGUGUCUCCCUCAAACGCCUGAGGAUCUUUCUCUCCCAUGAGGAGCUGGAACCUGACAGCAUCGAGCGACGGCCUGUCAAAGACGGCAGGGACACGAACAGCAUCACCGUGAGGAACGCCACAUUCACCUGGGCCAGGAGCGACCCUCCCACGCUGAAUGGCAUCACCUUCUCCAUCCCGGAAGGUGCCUUGGUGGCCGUGGUGGGCCAGGUGGGCUGCGGAAAAUCGUCGCUGCUCUCAGCUCUCUUGGCCGAGAUGGACAAAGUGGAGGGGCACGUGGCUAUCAAGGGCUCGGUGGCCUAUGUGCCGCAGCAGGCCUGGAUUCAGAAUGAUUCUCUCCAAGAAAACAUCCUUUUUGGAUGUCAGCUGGAGGAACCGUAUUACAGGUCCGUGAUACAGGCCUGUGCCCUCCUCCCAGACCUGGAAAUCCUGCCCAGCGGGGAUCGGACAGAGAUUGGCGAGAAGGGCGUGAACCUGUCUGGGGGCCAGAAGCAACGCGUGAGCCUGGCCCGGGCCGUGUACUGCAACGCUGACAUUUACCUCUUCGAUGAUCCCCUCUCAGCAGUGGAUGCCCACGUGGGAAAACAUAUCUUUGAAAAUGUGAUUGGCCCCAAGGGGAUGCUGAAGAACAAGACGCGGAUCUUGGUCACGCAUAGCAUGAGCUACUUGCCGCAGGUGGACGUCAUCAUCGUCAUGAGCGGCGGCAAGAUCUCUGAGAUGGGCUCCUACCAGGAGCUGCUGGCCCGAGACGGCGCCUUCGCUGAGUUCCUGCGUACCUAUGCCAGUGCAGAGCAGGAGCAGGACCCAGAGGACAACGGGGUCACGGGCAUCAGCGGUCCAGGGAAGGAAGCAAAGCAAAUGGAGAAUGGCAUGCUGGUGACAGACAGUGCAGGGAAGCAACUGCAGAGACAGCUCAGCAGCUCCUCCUCCUAUAGCGGGGACGUCAGCAGGCAACACAACAGCACCGCGGAACUGCAGAAAGAUGGGGCCAAGAAGGAGGAGACGUGGAAGCUGAUGGAGGCUGACAAGGCGCAGACAGGGCAGGUCAAACUUUCCGUGUACUGGGACUACAUGAAGGCCAUCGGACUCUUCAUCUCCUUUCUCAGCAUCUUCCUUUUCAUAUGUAACCAUGUGGCCGCGCUGGCUUCCAACUAUUGGCUCAGCCUCUGGACUGAUGACCCCAUAGUCAACGGGACCCAGGAGCACACGAAGGUCCGGCUGAGCGUCUAUGGAGCCCUGGGCAUUUCGCAAGGGAUCGCCGUGUUUGGCUACUCCAUGGCCGUGUCCAUCGGGGGCAUCUUGGCUUCCCGCUGUCUGCAUGUGGACCUGCUGCACAGCAUCCUGCGGUCACCCAUGAGCUUCUUUGAGCGGACCCCCAGUGGGAACCUGGUGAACCGCUUCUCCAAGGAGCUGGACACGGUGGACUCCAUGAUCCCGGAGGUCAUCAAGAUGUUCAUGGGCUCCCUGUUCAACGUCAUCGGUGCCUGCAUCGUUAUCCUGCUGGCCACGCCCAUCGCCGCGAUCAUCAUCCCGCCCCUCGGCCUCAUCUACUUCUUCGUCCAGAGGUUCUACGUGGCCUCCUCCCGGCAGCUGAAGCGCCUCGAGUCCGUCAGCCGCUCCCCAGUCUAUUCCCAUUUCAACGAGACCUUGCUGGGGGUCAGCGUCAUUCGAGCCUUCGAGGAGCAGGAGCGCUUCAUUCACCAGAGUGACCUGAAGGUGGACGCGAACCAGAAGGCCUAUUACCCUAGCAUCGUGGCCAACAGGUGGCUGGCUGUGCGGUUGGAGUGUGUGGGCAACUGCAUCGUUCUGUUUGCUGCCCUGUUCGCGGUGAUCUCCAGGCACAGCCUUAGCGCUGGCUUGGUGGGCCUCUCAGUGUCUUACUCAUUGCAGGUCACCACGUACUUGAACUGGCUGGUUCGGAUGUCAUCUGAGAUGGAAACCAACAUCGUGGCCGUGGAGAGACUCAAGGAGUAUUCAGAGACCGAGAAGGAGGCGCCUUGGCAAAUCCAGGAGACGGCUCCGCCCAGCAACUGGCCCCAGGUGGGCCGAGUGGAAUUCCGGAACUACUGCCUGCGGUACCGAGAGGACCUGGACUUCGUUCUCAGGCACAUCAAUGUCACCAUCAAUGGGGGAGAAAAGGUCGGCAUCGUGGGACGGACGGGAGCUGGGAAGUCAUCCCUGACGCUGGGCUUAUUUCGGAUCAACGAGUCUGCCGAAGGAGAGAUCAUCAUCGAUGGCAUCAACAUCGCCAGGAUCGGCCUGCAUGACCUCCGUUUCAAGAUCACCAUCAUCCCCCAGGACCCUGUGUUGUUUUCGGGUUCCCUCCGCAUGAACCUGGACCCGUUCAGCCAGUACUCGGACGAAGAAGUCUGGACGUCCCUGGAGCUGGCCCACCUGAAGGGGUUCGUGUCAGCCCUUCCCGACAAGCUGGACCACGAGUGUGCAGAAGGCGGGGAGAACCUCAGUGUUGGGCAGCGCCAGCUUGUGUGCCUGGCCCGGGCCCUGCUGAGGAAGACGAAGAUCCUUGUGUUGGAUGAGGCCACGGCAGCUGUGGACCUGGAAACGGACGACCUCAUCCAGUCCACCAUCCGGACACAGUUUGAGGACUGUACCGUCCUCACCAUCGCCCACCGGCUCAACACCAUCAUGGACUACACAAGGUGAUGCCCCUGGCACAGUGGCCUCUAGGCUUUGAGAGUUUGCCUUACUCACUGGCUCAUUCAUUCAUUCAUUCAACACUGUCCUUAUCCCUAGUGACAGCCCCAGUGGGUGGAUCCUCUCUUCAUCCUGGAUGGUACCAGGUAUUUCUUUUUUUUU